GGCCCCGGGGGCCCUGUCCAGUCUGGAGUGCGUGAUUCCCCCGAGGCGGUGGGGUUUGAGUCCUUUGCUUCUCCUUUUUCUCUGCCCUCUUGUCCGUUCUUCGUCCCUCCUUUCGAAGCGGAAAACGGCUCUUCUUACCUCCAGCCUCCAUCCCGUCCCAGGCAGGCAGGUCUCAGCGUAGAUGCUGUGAUUACCUCAGAAAAAAAUUUUCUGUCCUUUAUAGCCACUACGGUUCUGGAGUGUCCGAGCCUCAGGGCCUAUUGUUGCUCUCCGGCCCGCGGCCCUUGAGCGGAGGCCUGGCCGGUGCACCGCCCAGCUGCGUAUCGUGGCUCCUAGACAGUUCUAUCGGCCCUGCUCUCCCUAGCCAGAUAGUUUUAUCUGUACCAGGUUUCUCCACAUUGCCCUGCCCCACGGAAUUUGCCAAGCUUGAAAAACUUUAAGAACUUAAAACUAAAAGUAAUACAGAAGAGAACUGCCCUCAGUCCACGCACCAGCAAGCUCUGCUAUGGCAACGCGAAGCUCCAGCAUUGUGAUUAGUGAUGAUGAACCAGGUUAUGACCUAGAUUUAUUUUGUAUACCUAAUCAUUAUGCUCAGGAUUUGGAAAAGGUGUUUAUUCCUCAUGGAUUAAUUAUGGACAGGACGGAACGGCUUGCACGUGAUGUGAUGAAGGAGAUGGGAAACCAUCACAUCGUAGCCCUCUGUGUGCUCAAGGGGGGCUAUAAAUUCUUUGCUGACCUGCUGGAUUACAUUAAAGCACUGAACAGAAAUAGUGACAGAUCCAUUCCUAUGACUGUAGAUUUCAUUAGACUGAAAAGCUACUGUAAUGACCAGUCAACAGGGGAUAUAAAAGUAAUUGGUGGAGAUGAUCUCUCGACGUUAACUGGAAAGAAUGUCUUGAUUGUUGAAGAUAUAAUUGACACUGGCAAAACAAUGCAAACCUUGCUUUCCUUGGUCAAGCAAUAUAAUCCAGAGAUGGUCAGGGUUGCAAGCUUGCUGGUGAAAAGGACUCCUCGAAGCGUUGGAUACAGACCAGACUUUGUUGGAUUUGAAAUUCCAGACAAGUUUGUUGUAGGUUAUGCCCUUGACUAUAAUGAAUAUUUCAGGGAUUUGAAUCAUGUUUGUGUCAUAAGUGAAACUGGAAAAGCAAAAUACAAAGCCUAAGUUGAGUGUUCGAGUUUGGAAACAUCUAGAGUUCCCUUGAAAUCACUAGUAAAAUGAUCAAAUGUUCUAGAUCUGUGGCCAGCUGCUUAGUAGACCUUAUUGCAUGUAUCUUCUACUUCUAAGAAUUUUAUCCAUUUGCUAUGUUUGUUAGAAAUAUCAUCUGCUGCUUUCCUAAAGUCUUUGUUUGUACUGUGAGCCUAUAUAGAUUAUUGAUUCCCUUUGGGUGGAUUGUUGUUUGACUUGUGUAGGAAAAGUCUCUUACACCACACCACUAUUGAAUGAAAAUACUGAAAUUGUAUCUGUAGGAAAUAUUUAAAGAGAAGAUAUAUUUGUUUUUUAAUUGGUAUUUUAAUUUUUAUUUAUUCAGAAAAAAAGUUAUUGAAUAUUGUUAACUAUACCACUGUUUGUUUAGAAAAGAAGCAGUUCAUGUUUGUUUCAAUGACAGGAUUUAAGAGGUACUGUUUUGUCAGACAAACCAUGUAUCCUCGAAUUAUUUACGGUUUCAGUAGUAUUAACUAUAUUUUCCUGCUUGUUCACAUUAUUUCUGGUGAAUAUUUGUCAACAGUUUCUUUUAAAUACAUAUCAAUACAUCCUCUAGAAAACUUAAAAAGUAAAUAAAUAAAAGUAAUAUAGGAGAACAAAAAAGCUUGUCCGUGAAAGAUGUGUAAGAUAUAAUUACAUUAAAGAUAUUUCAUAUAAUUAGUCAUAGAUUAAAUCAAAUACAGAUAACACACCAAAAUUUUCUGUUGUAUUAGCACGAUGGCUCACAUCACUGUGGACCUCCUGGUACUAGUAGCAAACUAUGGUUUAUAGUAGAUUUCACUGGGCUGAAGUGUGAGUUGCAUGAUUUAUGACUGUUCAAUAGGAAUCAUUUUCCUCAUUCUCUGUAUUACUAAGUUUUAGGCUUUUAUAUGUUGUCCUCAGUGUAGCCAGUAAUUAAAAAUUCUUUGGCACAUGUCACAAAUCCAUACUGACUGUGAAUUGCUUGGGUCUUAGAAGGAUCCCCAGGCGAAUGAGUGGCCCUAAAUCAUGCUUCAUAGCAAAUCCUCCUCUGAGUACUAUUUCUGAGCCUGCCAGUGGGGGCCAGUGUAGGACAACCGAGGGCCCACAACAUGGAGUAAGACCAUGACUGUAGUCUUAUCCUUUACUUUCAAUUGGGAUGUUCCAAAGAGCAAAAUGUAUUUUAUAAAGGAAUACUUUCUGCCACCUGUGUAUAAAACAGCUUCCAUGCAUGUCUUUCUGGAUUCUUGUUUGUUUAUAGAUUGCCAGAGCUUUAGAAUAUUUUUACCUUAAAAAUAUUUUAAUUAUGUUAAAAAAAAUAACGUAGUUAAUUCAUGUGUAUUUUUCGUUAUUCAGAACAUACAGUCAAUCUAAAUGUCUAUCAAUAGGGGAUGCUAAAUCAACUACGAUAGGUAAUUCUAUGGAAAUACUGUGCAAAGUUUCAAAACAAUGAGGUAGCUUUUUAUGUAUUGAUAUGGAAUGAAGUUCAGGAUUUAUUUAUUAUAUUUUUUAAUGUUUAUUCAUUUUUGAGAGGCAG